AUGGUUAAAGGUAACGUCUUGGUGGUUUCGAAUAGAAUUCCGGUGACGUUGAAGCGUUCUCCAGAUGGGGAGUACGAGUACAACAUGUCAUCUGGUGGUCUCGUCACUGCUCUUCAAGGUCUAAAGAAGACCUCCACGUUCCAAUGGUUCGGGUGGCCCGGGUGGGAAGUGCCAGCUGACGAGCAGGAGAAAGUCACGAGAGAGUUGAACGAUAAGUUCAAGGCAACACCAAUUUUCCUCAGUGAUGAGGUUGCAGAGUUACACUACAACGGGUUUUCGAACUCGAUUCUCUGGCCGCUUUUCCACUACCAUCCAGGUGAGAUCAACUUUGACGAGAACGCCUGGGUGGCGUAUAACGAGGCCAAUGAGAAGUUUGCAGACGAGAUCAUCAAAUAUGUCAAAGAUGGCGAUAUCGUUUGGGUUCACGACUACCACCUGAUGCUACUGCCGGAAUUACUGCGCAAACAAAUUGAACAACGGGGCAUCAAGGACGUUAAGCUUGGCUUCUUCUUACAUACGCCGUUCCCAUCUUCAGAGAUUUAUAGAGUUUUACCCGUUAGACAGGAAAUACUGAGAGGUGUUCUGAGCUGUGAUCUUAUUGGCUUCCAUACGUAUGACUAUGCACGUCAUUUUCUCUCCUCCGUGGAGAGGGUGCUAGGCGUUGCAACAAUGCCCAACGGUGUUGAAUACAGGGGACGUAAUGUGAACGUUGGUGCAUUCCCAAUUGGUAUUGACGUUGAUAACUUUACCGAAGGUUUGAAGAAACCCGAAGUUGUAAAGAGAAUUGAACAGCUCAAGAGUAAAUUUCAAGAUACGAAGAUCAUUGUCGGUGUUGAUAGACUUGACUAUAUCAAAGGUGUUCCACAGAAACUCCAUGCACUGGAGGUUUUUCUGAAUGAACAUCCUGAAUGGAUUGGUAAAGUGGUGCUUGUACAAGUUGCUGUUCCUUCAAGAGGAGACGUUGAAGAGUAUCAGGAGUUGAGAGCCACUGUCAAUGAACUCGUUGGAAGAAUCAACGGAACCUUUGGUACUGUUGAGUUUGUUCCAAUCCACUUCAUGCACAAGUCUAUCCCUUUUAACGAAUUGAUUUCCCUUUAUGCUGUUUCUGACGUUUGCCUGGUCAGCUCCACCAGGGAUGGUAUGAACUUGGUUUCGUAUGAGUACAUUGCAUGUCAAGAGGAGAAACACGGUUCUUUGAUAUUGUCUGAAUUCACUGGUGCUGCACAGUCAUUGAACGGUGCAAUCAUUGUGAAUCCGUGGAACACUGAUGAAUUGAGCCACGCCAUCUACGAGGCACUCACCCUCCCGGAGGAGAAGAAGAAGGCCAACCAUGACAAGUUGUUCCAAUACAUUUCAAAAUACACUAGUGCCUUUUGGGGAGAAAAUUUUGUCAAGGAGUUGUAUAAGCUUAAGUCAAGUGCUUAA